GCCACCAAUGCUGCCACUCCGCCCGACCUCAGCAGCGCGAUGCGCGUUGCGCUCCCUCGCGCGGCGCCCGUCGACGACACGCCUGUCGACGAGCGCCGUCUUCUCCACCACCGCCUCGCCCGUCUGCUCCACCACCGCCUCGCCCGUCUGCUCCACCACCGCCUCGCCGUCAACACCCACCACCCAGUCCGCGCCGUCAACACCCACCACCGUCUUCUCCGGCAUCCAGCCCACCGGCGUCCCCCACCUGGGCAACUAUCUGGGCGCCCUGCGCCAGUGGGUGCGCCUCCAGCAUGACGCCGCCCCCGACACGACGCUGCUCUUCUCCAUCGUCGACCUGCACGCCAUCACCGUCCGCCAGCACCCGCGCGCCCUGCAGCAGGCCCGUCGCGAGAUGCUGGCCGCCCUGCUCGCCGUCGGCCUGGACCCGGCCCGCUGCGUGCUCUUCGCCCAGAGCCGCGUCAAGCAGCACGCCGAGCUCAUGUGGAUCCUCAGCUGCGGCGCGUCCAUGGGCUACCUGGGCCGCAUGACCCAGUGGAAAAGCAAGACGCAGGUGUCCAACGCCGCCGCCACCGCCGCCACCGCCGCCACUGCCGCCACCGCCGCCACAAUGCAGCUGUCCGACGCCACCGCCACAAUGCAGCUGUCCGACGCCGCCGCCCACCUCAGGCUCGGCCUCUUCGCCUACCCCGUCCUGCAGGCCGCCGACAUCCUGCUGUACAACACGACCCACGUCCCCGUCGGCGAGGACCAGGCCCAGCACCUCGAGUUCACGCGCGAGCUCGCCGUCGCCUUCAACCACCAGUACGGCCCCCUCCUGACCGUGCCCGAGACCCUGCUGAGCCCGGCCAAGCGCCUCAUGAGCCUGGCCGAGCCCACCAAGAAGAUGAGCAAGAGCGACCCGAAGCCCAAGAGCCGCAUCCUGCUGACCGACUCGCGCGACGCCAUCCACGCGAAGCUCAAGUCUGCCCUCACCGACUCGCUCGACGGCGUCAGCUACCACCGCGACGCGCGGCCGGGCGUGUCCAACCUGGUCGACCUGAUCUUCCACUUUGACCCCGCCGGCGCUGCCUCGCCCGAGGACCUGGCGCGCGACCUGCACCCCCUGACCAUGCGCGCCCUGAAGGAGAGGGCCGCCGACACGGUAGACCGCAGCAUUGCGCCGAUACGAGAGAGGUACGAAGAGCUGAUGAGCGGAGACCAGAAGGAGCUCGUCGCGCACGCCGAGCAUGGCGCUCAGAAGGCAGAAGCCAUCGCCGAGUCGACCAUGCAGCGCAUUCGCAACGCCAUGGGCAUGGCAUGGUAGCGUCGCUGUAUCUGGUCUGUACACCACCUGUAGUAUAUGUGAUUGUUCCAACAGAAGACGAUGGAUUGUUCCAACACAAGACGAUGAGUUGUUCCAACACAAGACGAUGAGUUGUUUCAACACAAGACGAUGAAUUGCUCCAACACAAGACGAUGAAUUGUUCCAACACAAGACGAUGAAUUGCUCCAACACAAGACGAUGAAUUGCUCCAACACAAGACGAUGAAUUGCUCCAACACAAG